CUGAGCCCAAAUCGGUGGCAUCGGACAAAGUAAAAACAAAGCCAAUUGAGCGCGGGACACGCAAUGUCGAUUGUUUCUCCCUGUGAGAUGUCCCCAGAGUUAUCCACUGAUCGCCAAAUAGUAAUGGCUCCAAUCCAUGUUGAAUAAAAACCCUGCUUUUUCCUAACCUUCGCCUAUGUGGCUCAAUGCUCGGUUUUAGGUUAAGGCACUACCUACUGUAGAGCACGACAACGUAAAGUAGCAUACCACUAUGCCUAUCCCCGAUUAUUUUACGGCGAAAUGUUGUCCUCACAUCGACAAUAGCAGCAUUGAGUACGUCGAUCUAGUCAAGUUGUUAGCGCUGUCUCCCAAUUUCAGGUGCAAACCAACCCCCGACGACGACCCAAUUCCCCUUGAAAAGCUACAACCAUGGAUCGACAUGAUGCGCGAGCUGCUUCUCGAAUCCCACCUAUCUCUGGGCGUUAUCGACAAGCUCAUGCUCAUGUACGUCCCAAGGAAGCACCACCACGCCAUUGGCUACGUCCCGCUGGCCAAAAGACGGCGCACUUUCCGCCAGUUUCCCAAACUCCCCGCCCAUACCAGAGCUACCAUCUGGAAAAUCGUCGCGGAACGCCCCCCUCGAGUUCUAUUCUGGCGGAAUGAUUACGAUAAAGGUAGGCCAUCACUCAACUCCCCAGCCAAGAUGCCGACGGCCGCUAGGGUCUGCAAGGAGGCCCGGGACGCCAUCACUCCUACGGGAGGCUACUGCGAUAUGCAGUGUGUAGGCGUUUCAUCGGCUUACCGACCCUCGAGCAAGCGAGCCCGGCCGGUCUGGGUCUCGGCCAACGACUUAGUCUUCGCCCUAGACGGGAUGAAUCAUGAGUCUGCCGGUUCCGAAUCGUGGGUACGCGCAUACAACUUUUUGCGUUCUCGGAAGGAGAUUGCAGUGGGUGAGACUUUCGCCGUGUCCAGUUAUGAUCGUCUGAAUGAGGGUUUCGCGUUUCUGCGCGACAUGGACGCGCUGGACACGCUUGUUUGCGUCAUAGCCGCGCCAGAAGUCUCCAUCUGGACGGACAUCAAUAUCAAGGAGGCCGAGAGCCCGAGGUAUGGGAUCCUGGACACGGAGGUUUGCGUCAUAGCCGAGCCAAACUUCACCUUCUGGACGAACAACGAUGAUGAGGAUUCCGUCCAAGGAAUGACAAAGCAGCAGAUCCGAACAACCAAGCUUUUACAGAAGCUUGUCCUGCCCGAGGACCGGGAGGAGUUGGAGAAAAUGGACGCGCUCUGGCGGGGCGUCGGCCCCGAGUGGCGUUGGCUUUCGCGCCCGAACGCCGAUCUGCUCCGCGUGAACCAGGCCGCGUACGCGCCCAAACUGGUGUCCCGAUGUAUCGACUGCCAGAUGCGGGACUGGAAUGACACAGGCAUGGCCAAAUUCCGGACGGCCUGGUUGCGUUUACUCUACGGAGACCACCGUGACGUUAUCGACGACCGGGACAUCUAUCCAAACAGGCUUCGGGGCGAGCCCGACCUAGAGCACCCCUGGGUGCAGCAGGCGCUCGCCCGCAUGCCCAAGCUGAAGCCAGCGGUCCUAUUGACGUUCGAAAAACGCCCUCCGAAGUAUGACAAACGGGGUCAAUACGCCAACCACAUGGAUCGAGUAGGACACGACUAG